AGGUUUUUUACAUAAUAGCCGUGCCAGUCCAACAAUAAGCGGACAAACAGAAAGACAGACCAACGGAAAUGAGGGACAUGGUUUGUAGUGAUGUCACUACUAUCAUUCAGUAAAAUAUGCAGAUUGACGUUUUAUUUAUUUUAUUUGAAGGAGAAACUCAACAGCCAGUUUUUGAGUAGAAUCAAUCUUGCUUUAAGAUAUAGAUACCAGUUUUUUCAAACACCAAUGGUGCACUGUUUCUCUUAUAAACAUAGAGAUUUGGCCGUCAUGAACCCCACACAUGUACAUAAGUGCUUUAGAAACUAAUUUUGUCAUUUCCAACAUCUUAAUUUGUUUUCGUGAAAUGAAGAGUGGUAUGCUACUAUGGAUCAUGGUCGACAUAUCGAAACGGCAUUGGUAAAUUCACUGCGUCUGAUAUAGAUCCAACGUUAUGCACGCAUGCCAUCUACUGCUUCAUCGGACUCAAUCCUGAUGGAACCGUCAAAGUAAUGGAUCCAUAUUUGGACUUUGAUCUUGGGAAUAUAAAACGAUUCAACGCCAUGAAAGAAGUAAAUCCUUCUCUGAAAACAUUGGUAGCGAUAGGUGGAUGGAAUGAAGGAUCCCAGAAAUAUUCCGCUGUAGCUGCUUCACCAUCACUAAGAAACACUUUUGUACAAAGCGCUCUAAAAUUUGUCCUGGAUCAAGGCUUUGACGGUUUUGAUCUUGAUUGGGAGUACCCUGCAAGAAGAGGUGGUUCUCCUACCGACAAGGUAAACUAUGUGACUCUGAUUAAAGAAUUGAAGUCUGCUUUCGAAGAACAUGGACUUCUACUAUCUGCUGCUGUAUCUGCUACAGGUGAAACUAUAGAUACUUCCUAUAAUGUCACUGCAUUAUCACAGUAUCUGGAUAUGAUAAAUGUGAUGAGUUACGACCUUCACGGAUCUUGGGAUAAGGUAACUGGUCAUAAUGCACCUCUGUAUCCUUCUAAUCUAGAUAAUACCGCUGAUUCUAAGGAACUAAACUUGGUAUCCUGUGCAGAAGCUUGGUUAUCCAGAGGAGCAAGUCGAAGUAAACUAAACCUAGGUCUAGCAUUUUAUGGCAGGAGUUUUACUUUGAGUGAUGCACAGAAUAACGGUUUAGGGGCACCGAUUUCUGCUCCUGGACUUCCAGGACGAUACAGUGGAGAAAGCGGCAUGUUAACAUAUUAUGAGAUCGUAGAGCACCUCACAACGAAUGAAUGGACAUACAGAUGGGAUUCAGAACAGGAAGUACCUCAUAUCUACAAAAGUAACCAGUGGAUAGGCUUCGAUGAUGCGAACUCUAUAGCAAAGAAGGUGAAGUACGCUAAAGAUGAACAACUUGGUGGAGUAAUGGUAUGGUCAGUCGAAUCAGAUGACUUCAGUGGUCUAUCUGGAAUAAAAUAUCCUCUUUUGAGGGCAGCUUAUCAAAUGGCGAAAGGUUCUUCAGGGGUUGAAAAUUGGGUAUCCGAGGUUGUAGCUGGACGGUUUUGUAAAUGUUUCAUCUUUAUUAUCAGUGAUAUGGACCGUUCAAGUAUUACGAUGAUGGCUUCAACCCCACAAUACCACCGACAACCUCUACUAUGUCAUCUCCAGCCACUCCAACUGACUCACCAUAUACUUCAAGCGAACCAACAGAGAAUUCACCAACGUCCAUUACGCAUGCUUCACCAACAACCUCGCCUGAAUUGUGUUCAAGAAGCGGCUUUAUCAGAGAUCCUGAUGACUGUCGAGUGUUUUAUUAUUGUCCCGCUGAUGGUGCUCCUCUCGGAGCAUACAAAUUCAUUUGUCAAGAUGGGACGCUUUUUGACACGACGAUUGAGUCCUGCAAUUGGGCUUAUCUGGUGAAAGACUGUGGAGAAGCUUAGUUCUGGAACUUUAGACAUGCGUUAGGAAACAUUAAAGGAACGGUUUAUUCAAAAAUAAAAUAUAUACAAGCAAAAUUUUCUGAUUUUCCUGACCCAUUGAGAAAAUAAUCAAAACUCGUUCUCCAACAAGAGAAGAAAAGUGUAUCCUGAACAUUGAGCGCGUUCAGCCAACACAAGAUGAUCUGUA